CGGCGGAGACAGACGUGACCUGCAGCGAGGGCGAAUCCAGCUGCCGGACAGCGGUGCGAACCGCCGCCGUGUCCUUCCUGCGCUUCCAGACCGUGUCCAAGGGCUGCGCCCGCCGCUCGCGGCCCGACGAGGCGCUGGCUCUGAGCUCGCACCUGCUGGCGCUGACCUACCGCGCCCGGCACUGCCAGGGGGACCGCUGCAACGCCUAGAGCAUGGCCCCUGAGCCGACCACCCCCAACCAGCUGAGCUGCCACGCCUGCACCUCGCAGGGCGCCUGGUGCCCCCCCUCCGCCCGCACCCAGCUGGGGUGCACCGGGACCCAGAACCAGUGCCUGGACCUGGACAUCACCGGCACCCUGGGGGAGUUCACCAACCUGAAGCUGAAGGGCUGCGCCAGCCUCCCGCGCUGCCAGGACGGGCUGGGCUUCCACGCCGGCUCCCGCGCCAUCCACGCCCGCUGCUGCGACACGCCCCUCUGCAACCACCUGGACACCGAUUUCCACCUGGAGGCCGAGCCGCACAACGGGCUGCAGUGCUACAGCUGCGUGGACGAGGACGGAGUCGGCUGCACCAGCAACUCCAGCGCCACCGUGCCCUGCAUGGGGCACCACAACAUGUGCCUGGAGGGAAUCGGCCGCACCCGCACCGGUGGCGCCGAUUCCGUCCUGGUGACCUUCAAGGGCUGCGCCACCCCGGCCAUGUGCCAGAGCUCGCUGCUGGCGCUGGUGCAGGAGCUGGACGACGCCCAGGUCUAUUGCUGCACCGGGAGCCUCUGCAACACCCGCAUCAUGGACGGGCAUGUGGCCGAGGGGCGGCCCAGCCACCCCUCCCCCGCCGGCCCCUCCCCCAGCCGCGCCCCCACCCCCAAGCCAGACUGCAUCCUGGAGGAAGACGAGGAGGACGACGUGAUCCCCGUUGUCGGGGGCCACCCUCCACUGGCAGGGAGCCACGGCGACCGGGAGCCGAAGACCACCGAGGAGGGAGGGGCCUUUGUCGCCGGGAACCACGCUACAGGCGGCCAGGGCGUCACCCCGCGCCCCGGCCACGUGGCAACAGGCGGCCACGGGAGCGCCUCUGCCGAAGACCGUGACAACGCCGGCUCCAGGGACAACGCCUUCAGUGCGGGCGGGGUCUUUUCCGAGAGCAACGCCUCGCGGCCGACGGGCAUCCCUCACCCCGAUCCCGUGGCUACAGGCGGCCCCGCUACCAUCGUCCUGGACGAAAGCAGCCGCUCGGAGCCCGACACCCCCAAGACACCGGAGAACACCCGGGAGAUUCCAGCUGGCGCCGGCCUGGCCCACACAGAGGAUGAGGAAGAGGAGUGCGAGGAAGAAACCAGUCACUCUGCCCGGGACCACAUUACCGGUGAGGCCUUUGUCUCCGCCGGCAGCAUGGUGAGCCCUGGCGAUGGGGUCCUUGCCGAAGGAGCUGGCCACGGCGCUACCGAUUCACCAUCUCUCUUUGCCGUGGGCGGUUCCGGCCCUGAAAGCAGCAGCGGGUCAAGCAGAGAGAGCUUCGUGGCCGAGGGCAGCGCCACCGUGGCCCCUGGCGGCUCCGCCGCGGCCUCCGGUGUGGCCCGCAGCACCAACGGCCCGCCUCCCGGCUCCCCCGGCAGCCGGAUCGACAGCAUAGUCCACAUCCCCUCUCUCUCCACCAGGCAGAAUGAGAGCUUCUUCUCUGAGGACAAGGAGGGAGGCUCCAGCCAGCCCGGCGCCUCCCCAACCAGCCCCACCGGCACCAUCCUGGCCGCCAGAGGAGCCGGAGCCGGCUCCCAGCGGGGGAAGAAUAAGACCCUCUGCACCAAGCGCCCGGGAGUGGCUCCGGUCGGGCACGGCCUGUCCUCCCAAGAUGUGCCAGCACGGGCCCAUCCCGGUGCCCUGGAGAUGGCCGCCAAGCCGGAGGGCUCGUUGGAGCGCACCGAGGGCGACCGGGACUGGCCAACCAUCUCCUUCCCCAUCACUGUGGAAACACCCAACAGCUCCCUGCGAGGUCACCUUGGCAACGCCAGCGCCCCGGGGCUGGACCCAGGGGAGGGGCUUGUGAAGAACACCAGUGGCUGGCUGUACACCAACACCGCGGGGAAGCCGCACCCACCCUACCCCAGCGGAGCCUUUGGCCUCGGCAGCAGCUUUGGCCUCGUCACCCUCACGCUCCUGCUCGCGAUACUGCUACAUUGAGCCCUGCGCGGAACCCAGGAGUCCGGGCUCCCAGCCCCGCUGCUCUAACCCACUAGACCCUGCUGCUCCCUGCCCAGAACCAGGGAGAGAACCCAGGCGUCCUGGCAUCAGUUCCAGCCAAGCGCUGCUCUAGCACCGAGAGCCUGCCGCCGAGCGGAAGGAAAGCCCUGGCCGGUAUCGGAGCAGGACACCUGGGUUCUUUGCGUUUGCCUGAGGGUGCAUCUGUGAAGGUGACACCACCGCCCCCUGCUGGCUGGAAUCGAAACUGCUCCCCCCGUGUGUCAUAGACCCCAUAGUGCUAGUGGCAGAGGGAGAUUUCCCUUAUAGACCAGGGGGCUGGGAGCUCCCGUAGUGGCUGCUGCUCUGAGGGGCCCUAUCCACUCUAUAGGGAGAUACGUAUAGAUUAUCUAGCGCUGUAGACUGGCCUGUAAUAGAUCCAUUAACCCUUGAGAUGCUGGAGGGUUUGGGGUAUUCCUUUGCCUGUUCAAGGCCUGGAUUGGAAGAGGGAGUGCGACACAACACAACACAACACAGCACUGCCAGACCGCGCAUCCAUAUGGCCACACGGGCAGACAACAUACAAAUGCACACACACCCCUGCUCCAAUACACAAAACCACACACACGCACUAUCCAAACACACACACCUCGCAGACACAUACACACAGGUACACACAAGGCAGGCAGCCCACACCCAUGCACACACGCACACCCACACACGCACGUGCACACACACACACGAGUUUAUUUUGCUAUCGAUGCAGCCUGCUAGGGCGUAAAUAUUUAUUCAAGAGGAACUUUACCCUGUCAGUCAACAGCCCCUGGGGAGGGAGGGGGAGGGGGUCUCUCCCGUUUGCCCCCUGCCCCUUAGAGCCCCAUGUUGGGGGGGGGAAGGGGGGACACGGGCUCAUCCCUCAGCUGGCUGGCUGCCAGUGGGGCCAGUUUCUGCCCUGGGGGGACGGAUUACCCACCGCCCCCCCCCAGCAUCGCCCCAGCCAGUUUAACGACCCCCCCUCUGAGCUGAUGUUUAAUUUAUUGUCCAUUGGUGCAGGGACGGGACCGGAGCCCUGCUCUGCCCCCCCCACCGGCGCCCCCUGCCUGCAGGACGCCCAAUAAAGAGUUUCCCUUC